AUGACAAUCUCGACUACGGCCGGCACCAAGAAUGAUCGGGACAAGGUCAAAGACCUAAUCUUCAAAGACAGCGACUUCAUCGACAAGAUCUCAGCCGACGGCCUGGUUCUGCUCGUGAUCGGCAUCGACCUUCACUAUGUCGAUGAGAUUUUAGCUGAGAAGAGUGACGAAGGAAUCCAGCUUGUCCUUGCUCUCGGCCAUAAGGACAAGAAGAUAUCAGAGGUUUUCCCAGCUGGAGCUUUACUCGGAGCUGAAUCGAAAAGCCUACUUCUUCGCUCUCUACGAGACGGGUAUGCUUUAGAUGAAAAGCAGUCCCUCAUCACUAUCUCUACCCCGGAGACGACCAUUCGCCUGCAUGCGGACAGCCUUUUGAAGCCUACGGCGUUGAAUGGAAAAGUCAGCAGUUCUCCGGAAACUUUCGUGGAAAUGAAAGAAGGGGUUCCAUUUUCAACUUUCUGGUCUACUUCUAAGGAUGACGAGCCCAUCCGGGAUAUGGAUUUCUCUUGGUCUCCGGCGGGAUGUGGCGAGAAUGGGCAGGAGGGGGGCAAGCUACUCAUUAUCGAGCUUCCCGAUGGUAUCUGCGCUGAUAGGCAGUGGGCCUGGAUGUUUAUGACCCAGGACGAAAAUGUACAGUAG